AUGAAAAACAUCCAAAGCUAUCACCAGAAAACUUUGGGAUGGGCUGAUAUCGGUUACAACUUCUUGAUCGGUGGUGAUGGCAACGUCUACGAAGGUCGCGGCUGGAAUGUCAUGGGUGCCCAUGCCACCAACUGGAACUCCAAGUCCAUUGGCAUCUCCUUCAUGGGUAACUACAACAACGACAGACCCACCGCCGCUCAAAUCAGUGUUGCCAAGAGCUUGUUGGCUGCUGCCGUCUCCCGUGGCCAAAUCAAGUCUGGCUACAUUUUGUACGGUCACCGUCAAGUCGGCUCCACCGAAUGCCCCGGAACCAAUUUGUGGAACGAAAUCAGAACCUGGCCCAACUGGAAGGCUUAA